UUAAUCGCAUAGUACAAAUAACAUUUAAAGCUUUUCUAGAAUAGAAAACAGAAAAAACGACAGGUAUAAGUAUUAAUAAUGUUUAAUGGAUAAACGGUGUUACCGUUCGUAAGUUAUUAUUUGUUUAUAUCGAAGCAAAUAUUUUAAAUAUUUUCUAACGGUAAUCAACUGCCGUUAGAUAUCAAUUUCAGGAGUUAUGGAUAAUCCCGGCCCAUCUACAAGUACAGCGAGCAUAGUGGAAUGUCAGGAACCAGACAAGGAUACAAGGAGGAAUCGCAAGCGUAGUAAGAAACGCAAACGAAGCAAGAAGCGCAGCCGUAAGUUAUUGAACAAAUUGAUUAAGGAGGUUAGCUUUCUGAAAAAUCAAAUGGCAUGCACGAAUACCACUGGAUCUCGAGAUCAUAUUGAUUUAGACGUUAGUGGCGAGUUGUUCGAAAACGAAUCUCUAUCAGAACAUUGUAACGAACCCGCAGAAUUAAAUUUUACAAUGAGCACUAAAACUAAAGAACCAUCUGUUCCACCAACAUCACCCGAAAUGCUGCAACUUUUGAAAGAUUUACAAAGAUUUGAUAAUCCUGAGUGGGUUAAUGUCCGCUACGCUGACAUUCAAAAACUGUACAGUCAAUCGCCUGGUUUUGUAAAUCUUGAAGCAAAUGAUGAAGUGCGACGAUUAGAUGUUUCAAAAAAUACAGCUAAUAUGGAAAAGGCUUUCGCAUCCAUAACAUUUGCCUUACUGAAACAGCGCGACGCGCUACAGAAGGAUAUGCAGGAACUUUUGAAUUAUGCUCACCAAAACCAACCCUUAGAGUACAAAGACUUGCAUGCGAAGAUUUCAGGUAUCUUUUCAGAUGGAAAUUAUUGCAAAACAACUGCUGAUGCAUUACAGUUGGUAUGUGGUCACAGAUCUGAAUUAGUGCAACAUAGAAGAGAAGCUAUUCUGGCAGCUGUAAAAGACCCUUACCACAAAAGCGCUUUAAGGAAAAUACCGCCAUCUUGCAGCCAUCUCUUUGAUGCAGAUAAAUUCAGCGCUGUUCUAGAAAAAUCUGGUGGUGUCAAAAAAGUAUUCUGGUGCAAUGAAAAAGAUCGCUACCCUGCACCGCAGAACGAUCAAAAAAACCCAGUACAAAUACAAAAUAAAAACACGGGUAAGUCUGGCUACAAAGAUCUCCGAUCUGGCCCUAAAAAUAAUGUGAAUUCGAAUUUUCGUGGUAGAGGCACCAAGAGAAGACCACCAACACGAGAAGUUUCAUACCGGAACACGGCAGACCGGCGCUCUCCCUCGUCCCACCGGGACAGGAGAGGACAAACCCGGCGCAAAUAUUGACUCGACCAGCAACUUCAGUGCAGGGAAACUCAGUCGGUUCUACGACCACUGGGUCAACCUGGGGGCCCCACCCCAUAUACUAAAAAUGAUCACCGGUUAUCGAAUACCGUUCAAGAAAAGGCCAAUCCUGUUCUUACCAAACAUCAAUUCUCAGGAAACCGCACACACAGAAGAGAUGGAUCAUAUCAUAAACAAAAUGCUGAAGCAGAAAAUACUCG